AGCAACGGAUCUCAUAGCGCCGCCAUCUCGUUGCUGGCGGACGCCAAUGCUGGUGUAGUAGACUUGCCACUUGUGCACAUCUUUUGCACCUUAAUUAUAUCCUUUUUAAGGGAUUCAUCCAUACAUCGCCUUAAAAACAAACAAAAAACUGGACUGCUAAAUUGAAUGGCGAAUGUAAAGCAGCUGACUCCCCGAGCAGGGGGAGGAGGCAGCAAAGGAAAGGGUACAGAUGACCCCAUACGAUUCCUGCCAGUCCUUCCACUGAAACGCAGUAAACCUGAAUGGCAUGACAACCCUCCAUCUUUCAUUCUUUCCACCAAAUCAGAAGAUGAGCAGCAAGGCGCCAUUGACCUUGUCCGAGAAUUGACAGCACGGGAUUCACCUCAGCGCAAAAAACCAUCUCGUUUGAAGCCCAUGGAAGGGACAUCUCAACAGAGUGGAACUGUGGAUUCCAGUAAACAACCUAAGAAAGACAGGGAAAACUUUCGUAAAGCUCUUGUGGACAUAAUCCUACAAGAUGACACAUCAUUACCACAGCCUGCACCUAUAGCAGAAAAUGGGGAACUUCCAAGCACAGCUAGGGUAGGAUCCCCAACACCUGCUGAAAAAGACAUUCUGCGCUACUACUACUAUAUCCAUAAUGGAAUCGAUACAGAGCAUGUGGCGCCCAUGGAAGACUACUGGCUUGACAAUGUGCUUUCUCUUAUUUCAAAUGACCUCAAGAAUGGCCGCACGGAGACCAUUGAAAACUUGUCUGAUGAGAUGCGAGAGGAUUAUCUUCUUAGUGUCAAGAAAGCCAUUGUUGACUUUGUACUGAAAGAUCCACGACAACCAGAAGAUGAGAAGAAAGAGAAGCCAUUACCUCAUCGAGAGGAGAUGGCUGUGGUUCCCAAACCAUGGCAUCAGUCCUUCAUGACUGCAUUUGAAGCCAUUGCAUACAAUCUUCACAACACCAAUCCUUGCAUGAUGCAGGUUCUCAGCCUGUGGCAUACUUCCUUCAGCGGUCUGCGUUUUAUUGAUAUCGAAGAAUUUCAUAACCGUACUGACUCCAUGGAACUGAAGAGUGCUCAACAGACAUUCAUUCGCCACAUUGAAGCUGCUAAAGAACGGCUGCUGAAAAAGUGGUUCCCUGAAGUUCAAACCAUCUUUUAUCAAGGGAACAAACGCAAGCAGGUGCCCAGCAACCAGGAUCAGGCCAAGCUAGAAUCCUUCUUCAACUGUGCAGCCACUCUCAUGACAGAUAACUUGCAGCAGCUAACCCUCAACUCAAUCAAAGACUACACAGACCUGCUUUGUCAGCCCCCACUGUCAACAAGGGCUUUUGAGCAUCCAGGUUUCAUACAGCGUUUGAUUUUGGAGGAUACUCAGAUCAAAUUUGAACCAACAUUUGAAGACUUUGAAGCUGUUUUGCUCAAUACCUUCGACUGCAUAGUGAAGGCGUCUACAGUUGUUCCCAGGGUGGAAACUAAACUCUACUCAGAAUGGCAUGGCGACAAAGCAAAAAUGUAUUUGAAGCCUGUCAUAUUAGAGAGUAUCCUGGUGACCCACAUGAGGAAGGUGUCUGACAUCAUCAAGAAAGAGAGUGCUGGCCCCAUAGAGUACUGCAAAGUCUUUGACAGAUAUUCAUUCCUCAUCAACAAACAGGCUGAUGCAGAUGUAGACCGUUUCAUCACAGAAGAAACUCACACAUUUUCAGAAUAUUGCAAUGAAGUCAAGAAGUACCAGAAUCUUUAUGAAGAAAUAUUGUACAGCUCUCAGAAGGUGAGUAGGCUGGGGAUGUUUGAGCUACACUGUCAGGACCUGGUUCAUCAGCUGAGUAGGCGAGCAGAGAACCAGCGCAACAAGCUGAUGACCAAGAUGUGCAAGGAUCAUCAGGAAGAGAACAAGCAACUUUGUGAUGACUAUGAAGCCAUUGCUGAGAAAGCGUUGACCACACCUUCCAACACAGAAGAGCUGAUGAGCUUGAAAACAUUCAUUGAAAAAGUGGAGUCAGACACUAUCUUCUUGAUGGAGAAGCGUCUCAUGGCUUCCAGGGAACGAUUGAGCUUCUUGUCAGAUUUUUCCAGCUUUUCACCUGCUGAGAUUCGUCUAAAUGCACAGGUCUUUAUGUGGCAUGGGCGAAUGGCAGCUGUCUUUGAGGAACACAAGCUUAUCAUAUCAGAGAAAAAAGCACAAUUCGAAGAAGGGCUCAAGCUUCGGCGUGAACGCUUUGUGGAGGAACUUGAAAGCUAUAGCAAGCAGGUGGAAGAGUUCCACAACCUUGGAGAGAUGGCUGAGAUCAGUCGCUAUCUCAAAAAGUCACAGAUGCUGGACGCUAAGCUUCAGGCUGCUGCUGAAAAGAUUGAAGCCUUCAAUAGUGAGGAAGAGGCCUUUGGCUGGGAAGUAACAAACUAUCCUCAGCGUAUGGCUGUCAUUGGUAUUCUAAAGCCCUAUCUCAAUCUGUAUGAGGUCACUGUCGACUUCAACAACAAGUACAAAGCAUGGAUGGAAGGACCAAUGAGCAAUGUCAACCCAGAUCAAGUGGACCAGGAUGUUGGGAACCUCUGGCGUUUACUGUACAAGCUGGAAAAAGGUUUCGAGGGUGUUGCUGCUCCAAAGAAGAUUGCAGCUAAGGUCAAAGCUAAGGUUGAGGAGUUCAAAGAGCACUUACCACUGGUGCAAACCCUUUUCAAUCCUGGUCUUAGAGACCGCCAUUGGGAAAAGAUUUCUGAAAUUGUUGGCUUCCCAGUUAAGCCAGAUGAAACUUCAUGCCUGAGCAAGUUUGUUGACAUGAACCUUGAACCUUACAUUGUAAAAUUUGAGGGCAUCUCUGAAGCUGCCAGCAAAGAAUAUGGGUUAGAGAAGGCUUUGGAGAACAUGAAGAAAGAAUGGGCACCAAUGGAGUUCACCAUUAUCCCCUACCGAGAGACAGGCACAUCGAUCCUAUCUUCGAUUGAUGACAUUCAGCAGCUGCUAGAUGACCACAUUGUCAAAACACAAACCAUGCGAGGCUCUCCCUUUAUUCAGCCCUUUGAGGCCGAGAUGAAGGAUUGGGAGACAAAGUUGAUGACGCUACAAGACAUCCUGGAUGAGUGGCUAAAGGUACAGGCCACCUGGCUGUACCUAGAACCAAUCUUCUCUUCUCCGGACAUCAUGGCUCAGAUGCCUGAGGAAGGACGAAGGUUCACCACAGUUGACAAAAACUGGCGUGACAUAAUUAAAUCUUCACUUCUUGAUAAGCACGUGCUGGCUGUACUCAACAUAGACAAGAUCCUAGAACGCUUGAGGAAGUCCAAUGAACUUCUUGAGUUGAUCCAGAAGGGUUUGAAUGAAUACCUGGAAAAGAAGCGUCUCUACUUCCCCCGCUUUUUCUUUCUGUCUAACGAUGAGCUGCUGGAGAUCUUGUCUGAGACAAAGGAUCCGACCAGAGUGCAGCCACACUUAAAGAAGUGCUUUGAAGGCAUUGCCAAGCUGGAGUUUACUGACGUGCUUGACAUAACACACAUGAAGAGCAGUGAAGGAGAGGUUGUGCUGCUGCGUGAUGUCAUCUCCACAUCGAAAGCUCGUGGGCAAGUGGAGAAAUGGCUUCUGGAGCUUGAGGGUGAUAUGAUUGCAUCUCUCCACAAGGUGAUUGGUGAAGCUAUAGCAGCUUAUGAUUCCACACCUCGAGGGCAGUGGGUACGUCAGUGGCCUGGUCAGGCAGUCCUUUGUGUUGGUCAACAGUUUUGGACAACCUAUGUUCACAAAGCCAUCAGGGAAGGUCUUAAAGCCAUGAACGCUUACCUUGAUACCAACAACAAACAAAUUGAUGAAAUUGUAGGCCUUGUGCGAGGAAAACUGUCCAAGCAGAAUCGAGUCACCCUCCAGGCAUUAAUUGUUCUAGAUGUUCAUGCUCGUGAUGUUUUGGCACAGUUGACCAAAGACAAGGUGGAAUCGGAGCUUGACUUCAAAUGGCUGUCACAGCUGCGUUACUAUUGGGAGGAGGAAAACAUGGUCACUCGCAUGAUCAACUCCAUGCUCAAGUAUGGCUAUGAAUACCUGGGCAACAGUGGUCGCCUUGUCAUCACCCCACUCACAGACAGGUGCUACAGAACCCUUUUUGGAGCUCUGCAUCUACAUCUUGGAGGUGCUCCAGAGGGGCCAGCAGGAACAGGCAAGACAGAGACAACUAAAGAUCUGGCCAAAGCUGUUGCAAAGCAGUGUGUUGUCUUCAACUGCUCUGAUGGUCUAGACUAUAUUGCCCUUGGGAAGUUUUUUAAGGGGCUGGCAUCGUGUGGUGCCUGGUCAUGCUUUGAUGAGUUCAAUCGCAUCGACCUUGAGGUGCUUUCUGUGGUGGCACAACAGAUUCUUACCAUUCAGAGAGGUAUCAAUUCUGGAGCAGAAACACUGUUGUUUGAGGGCACAGAGAUUAAAUUGGAUCCAACCUGCUCAGUCUUCAUCACCAUGAAUCCAGGUUAUGCUGGUCGUUCAGAGCUGCCAGAUAAUCUAAAGGCACUUUUCCGCACAGUGGCUAUGAUGGUUCCUGACUAUGCCCUGAUUGCUGAAAUCUCUCUGUACUCUUGUGGCUUUGUACAAGCUCGCCCAUUGUCUGUGAAGAUUGUGGCUGUGUACAGAUUGUGCUCCGAACAGCUGUCUUCACAACACCACUAUGACUAUGGCAUGCGUGCUGUCAAGUCUGUACUUACAGCUGCAGGGCAAUUACAGCUAAAAUACCCAGAUGAGGACGAGAAUAUUUUGAUGUUGCGUUCAAUUAUUGAUGUCAACUUGCCAAAAUUUCUGAACCAUGACUUGCCACUGUUUGAUGGUAUCACAUCUGACUUAUUUCCUGGUAUCAAACUGCCUGAACCAGACUAUGAUAUCCUGAAUACAAAUGUCCGUAACAACUGUGAAAAAAUGAACCUGCAGUGUACCGACUUCUUCCUAGAGAAAAUCCAGCAGAUUUAUGAGAUGAUGAUUGUACGACAUGGCUUCAUGAUCACUGGGCUUCCUUUGGGUGGCAAAACCUCUGCCUACAAAACACUGGCAGGAGCUCUGGGAGACAUUGCUGAGCAGGGUCUGAUGGAGGAGAACAGGGUACAGAUUACUGUCAUCAACCCCAAGGCCAUCACAAUGGGGCAGCUGUAUGGUUGUUUUGAUCCUGUCUCCCAUGAGUGGUCUGAUGGUGUCCUUGCUGUCAGCUACAGAGCAUUUGCUGUGUCAAAUACACCAGAUCGCAAAUGGCUAAUUUUUGAUGGCCCUGUGGAUGCCAUCUGGAUCGAAAAUAUGAAUACAGUACUUGAUGACAAUAAGAAGCUGUGUCUGAUGAGUGGUGAGAUCAUUCAGUUGGCACCCACCACCAACCUCAUAUUUGAGCCUAUGGAUCUAGAGGCUGCCUCACCUGCCACGGUGUCACGAUGUGGCAUGAUCUAUAUGGAACCUCAGACACUGGGAUGGCGCCCUCUUGUCAAAUCCUGGAUGAACUUGAUGCCAAACACUGUAACAGAGACGUACCAAUCUGUCAUCACUGAACUGUUUGAACGAUUUGUUGACCCAAUGCUUUGUCUCGUACGCAGAUGCCUGAAGGAGUUGUCACCCACAACUGACUCCAACAUGGUGAGGUCCCUUAUGAAUUUGAUGGACUGCCUCAUGGAUGAAUUCCAGGAUGAAGCUAAAAUUGCACAACUGGAAGAGAGAGAAAUUAUUACUUGGCUGGAGAGCAUCUUCUUUUUUGCGCUCGCUUGGUCCUGUGGUGGGAGCACUGAUGAAAAUGGUCGUGUUAAGGUGGAUAUGUUGAUGAGAGAGCUGAUUAGUGGUGGCAUGAGUGAAGAGACUCGAGAAAUCAUCAACAUGGCAGAUCUGGUUGAGCCACCCAUGAAACCCUACCUAAACCCUAUACCUCCUAAAGGCAAAGUCUUUGAUUACAGAUUCGUCAAGGAGGGUUCAGGUCGUUGGGUCUCCUGGAAUGAGGAUAUCAAGGAAUCUCCUCCCAUUCCAAAAGAUGCCUCAUUCAAUGAGAUUAUUGUGCCGACUGUGGACACCACGCGCUACAUGUACCUCAUGAGCAUGCUGGUGCGUCAUGAGAAGCCAUGCCUCUUUGUUGGACCCACAGGCACAGGCAAAAGCUGUUACAUCAAUGAGUUCCUUCUGCACAAACUGGAUAAGAAUAUCUACAAACCCAACAUCAUAAACUUUUCUGCCCAAACCACAGCCACUCAGACUCAGAAUAUUAUCAUGUCCAAGCUGGACAAACGCCGCAAAGGAGUUUUUGGCCCUCCACUCAACAAGAAAGCUAUUGUCUUUGUAGAUGACCUAAACAUGCCUUUGCGUGAGACAUAUGGCGCUCAACCUCCAAUUGAACUGCUACGGCAGUGGUUAGAUCACUGGAACUGGUAUGAUCUGAAGGAUACUACACCAAUUAAGCUUGUUGAUCUGCAGUUUAUGGGAGCUAUGGGUCCACCUGGUGGAGGCCGUAACCCCAUUACACCUCGUUUCUUGCGUCACUUGAACACAGUCACCAUAAACGAAUUCAAUGAUGAAACCAUGAUGACCAUCUUCCGCAGUAUAAUGGAGUGGCACAUCUCAGCCAGGGGAUUCAGCAAUGAAUUCAAGCCAUGCGUGGACCAGGUUGUGCAGGGUACAUUGAGGGUCUACAAGGAGGCCAUGAAAAACUUGUUGCCCACCCCUGCCAAGUCUCACUAUCUCUUCAAUUUGCGAGACUUUUCCCGUGUGGUGCAAGGUGUACUUCUGUCCAUGCCAGAAACGAUGGAGGAUCCUGCUGCACUGAAGCGACUUUGGGUCCAUGAGGUUUUCCGUGUAUUCUAUGAUCGCCUGGUUGAUGAUGACGAUCGCAAGUGGUUGUUCAAUCAGUGUCGUGAAGUGAUCAAGGAGAACAUGCAGCAGAAUUUUGAUCAACUGUUUGCCCACCUAGACUCUGACAGUGAUGGAACUGUCACUGAGGAUGACAUCCGCAGCCUCAUUUACUGUGACUUUGCUGAUCCCAAGUCUGAUUCUAAGCUAUAUAUAGAAGUGCGUGACUUAGAUCAGCUGAGAGUGGUAGCAGAAGGCUACUUGGAAGAAUUCAACAAUAUCAGCAAGAAGCCUAUGAACCUUGUUCUCUUCAGGUUUGCAAUAGAGCAUGUGUCACGCAUUGCCCGCGUUAUCAAACAGCCCCGCAGCCAUGCUUUAUUGGUUGGCGUGGGCGGCUCUGGUCGUCAGUCACUGACACGCCUGGCUGCACACAUGGCUGACUAUGACCUUUUCCAGGUGGAGAUCACUAAGAGCUACACAACUAAUGAAUGGCGGGAGGAUCUGAAGCGAAUCCUCCGUAAAUCGACUGAGACAGAUAAUCAUGGUGUCUUUCUCUUCUCUGACACUCAGAUAAAACAAGAAUCCUUUCUAGAGGAUAUAAAUAAUCUGCUGAAUGCAGGUGAGGUACCCAACCUGUUUGCGAUUGAUGAAAAGCAAGAGAUCUGUGAGAAGAUGAGGGUGAUUGACAGACAAAGAGACAAGACCAAACAGACUGAUGGGUCACCAGUGGCUCUUUUCAACCUUUUUAUUUCCCGAGUCCGAGACCAACUUCAUGUUGUGCUGGCAAUGUCACCCAUUGGUGAUGCUUUCCGUAAUCGCCUGCGCAAGUUCCCAUCUAUGGUCAACUGCUGUACCAUUGACUGGUUCCAGUCUUGGCCAGAGGAUGCCCUCCAGGCUGUGGCCACACGCUUCUUGGAAGAGAUUGAGAUGUCUGAGGAUGAGCGUUCGGGAUGCAUCACCAUGUGCAAACACUUCCACACAUCAACACGCAUCCUCUCAGAACGUUUCCAUCUUGAGCUUGAACGUCACAACUACGUGACCCCAACAUCCUAUCUGGAGCUUAUUAACACCUUCAAAGUUCUCUUAGACAAGAAGAGAGAGGAAGUUUUAAAGCAGAAGAGGAGGUAUGAAGUGGGUCUAGAGAAGCUUGACUCUGCAGCUGGUCAGGUGGCUGUCAUGCAAAAAGAGUUGACAGACCUUCAACCUCAGCUGGUUAUUGCCUCUAAAGAAGUGUCUGAAAUCAUGGUUGUCAUUGAGAGAGACUCAAUAGAGGUUGCCAAAGUAGAAAAGGUGGUUAAAGCAGACGAAGCUGUGGCCAAUGAACAGGCCCGCGCUGCUCAGGCCAUCAAGAACGAGUGUGAUGCUGAUCUGUCGGAGGCUCCUGCUUUGAAUGCAGCUCUAUCUGCUCUGGACACUCUCACACCACAGGAUAUCACAGUAGUGAAGAGUAUGAAAAGCCCACCUGCUGGUGUACGACUGGUGAUGGAGGCUGUCUGUGUACUGAAAGGUGUCAAGGCUGACCGUAUUCCAGACCCUAGUGGCUCUGGCAAGAAGAUUGAAGAUUACUGGGGGCCAUCUAAAAAGAUACUGGGUGACAUGAAGUUUCUUGAGGGUCUUCGUGAAUAUGACAAGGACAACAUACCUGUGGCUUACAUGAAAACUAUACGGACCAAAUUCAUGACAAAUCCAGAUUUUGACCCUGAAAAGAUCAAAUUAGCCUCCACAGCCUGUGAGGGCUUGUGCAAGUGGGUGCGUGCAAUGGACAUGUAUGACAAAGUAGCCAAGGUGGUAGCUCCCAAAAAGGAAGCCCUGAAAAAGGCAGAGGGAGAGCUAGCAGAGGCCAUGGGUUCCCUGGAAAAGAAGCGUGCCUCACUGAAGGAGGUGCAAGACAAGCUGAACAAGCUGCAGGAUACACUGGAGGCAAACAAAGCCAAGAAGGCAGAGCUAGAGAACCAGGUUGACCUCUGCACCAAGAAGCUAGAACGCGCUGAGCAACUCAUUGGGGGACUGGGAGGCGAGAAAGACAGGUGGAACCAGGCUGCGAGAGACCUUAGCAAGAAAUACAUUAACCUGACUGGAGAUAUACUGUGCUCUUCAGGCAUCAUAGCUUAUCUGGGAGCAUUCACAUCUGCUUUUAGGCAUGAUCAGAGCAAGGAAUGGCUCCAGGCCAUAGUUGAAAAAGGUCUGCCUUGCUCUAGUGACUUUUCUUUAGUCAGCACACUUGGUGAGCCUGUUAAGAUCCGUGCCUGGACCAUUGCUGGCCUCCCAACAGACAACUUCUCCAUUGAAAAUGGCAUUAUCAUCAGCAACUCUCGACGAUGGCCUCUGUUGAUUGAUCCACAGGGUCAGGCUAACAAGUGGAUCAAAAACAUGGAGAAAGCUAACAAUCUGCAUGUCGUCAAGCUUUCUGAUUCAGACUUUGUGCGCACACUGGAAAAUUGCAUUCAAUUUGGCACCCCUGUGCUUCUGGAGAAUGUUCAAGAAGAGCUUGAUCCCAUCUUGGAGUCAUUGCUGUUGAAGCAAACAUUCAAACAGGGUGGCAGUUUGUGUAUCAAGCUAGGUGACUCAACAAUUGAGUACUCCCAGGACUUCAAGUUCUACAUCACUACAAAACUUCGCAACCCUCACUACCUCCCAGAGACUUCUGUCAAAGUGACGCUGCUCAACUUCAUGAUCACACCUGAGGGUCUGCAGGAUCAGCUGCUGGGGAUUGUUGUUGCUAAAGAACGGCCAGAGCUGGAGGAAGAAAAAAAUGCACUUAUUUUGCAGGGCGCUGAAAACAAAAGGCAACUGAAGGACAUUGAGGAUAAGAUCCUAGAGGUGCUUUCGUCAUCUGAAGGUAAUAUUUUGGAGGAUGAGACUGCCAUCAAGGUGUUGUCCUCGUCCAAGAAACUGGCCAAUGAAAUCUCUGAGAAACAGGCUAUAGCUGAAGAAACAGAGAAGAAGAUUGACUCAGCUCGUAUGGGCUACACUUCCAUUGCUGUGCACAGCACUAUUCUCUUUUUCUCCAUUGCUGACUUGGCCAACAUUGAACCUAUGUACCAGUACUCUCUCACGUGGUUCAUCAACCUCUUUGGCAUGUCCAUUGAGAAUGCUGAGAAGUCUGAAGACCUCAAGACCCGGCUGCAGUUUUUAUAUGACCACUUUACAUACUCCUUGUACUGCAAUGUCUGCAUGUCACUUUUUGAAAAGGACAAGCUGCUGUUUUCCUUCCUCCUGUGCGUUAACAUUCUCAAGCACAAAAAUGAGGUGGAAGAUGAGGAGUGGCGAUUCCUCCUGACUGGAGGCAUUGGCCUUGACAACCCACAUUCUAACCCAACAACAUGGCUUCCUAGUAAGUCCUGGGAUGAGCUUUGUCGUCUUAAUGAGCUGGCCAACUUCACUGACAUCCGCAAGAAGUUGAUCGCGCAAAAGGAGCAGUGGAAAACCAUUUAUGAUAGCUUGGAACCUCAUCAUGAGAAACUACCUGGUGAGUGGCAAAAUAGCUUGCAGAGCUUCCAGCGUCUUCUCGUCCUCCGAUGCAUCAGGCCUGAUAAAGUUGUGCCAGCUGUGCAGGAGUUUGUCACAGAGAAGAUUGGCAAGAAGUUCAUCGAGCCUCCACCAUUUGAUCUGCCGAAGGCAUUUGCAGACAGCUACUGCUGUGCCCCUCUAUUGUUUGUGCUCUCUCCUGGUGCAGAUCCUAUGGCUGCCCUUCUCAAGUUUGCUGAUGACCAGGGCUUUGGUGGUGCCAAAUUCGACUCCCUGUCUCUAGGACAAGGUCAAGGCCCCAUUGCAUUGAAGAUGAUUGAAAAGGGCAUCAAGGAAGGUACCUGGGUCAUGCUGCAGAACUGUCACUUGGCUGCCUCAUGGAUGCCUACCCUGGAGAAAAUAUGUGAGGAAUUUAACCCAGAGACGACCCAUCCUGACUUCCGAUUGUGGCUGACCAGCUACCCAUCAACUACUUUCCCAGUUUCCAUCCUGCAGAAUGGUGUCAAGAUGACUAAUGAACCACCAAAGGGUUUGAGGUUCAACAUCAUCCGUUCCUACCUCAGUGACCCCAUCAAUGAUCCUGAGUUUUUUAGUACCUGCAAUCAAUCUGUCAAUUUCCACAAGAUGCUGUAUGGGCUGUGUUUCUUCCAUGCCCUGGUGCAGGAGCGACGCAAAUUUGGUCCUCUAGGCUGGAACAUUCCUUAUGAAUUCAAUGAAACUGACCUGCGCAUCAGUGUCCGACAGCUGUUCAUGUUCCUGAAUGAAUAUGAGGAGGUCCAGUAUGAUGCGUUGCGCUACCUGACAGGUGAAUGCAAUUACGGUGGGCGUGUGACAGAUGACUGGGAUCGCCGUACACUGCUGACCAUCCUACAGAAGUUUUACUGUCCAGAGCUUGUGGAACAAAGAUUGUACUUCUUUGAUGAGAGCCAGCUCUACUAUGUGCCCCCUGAGGGAGAUCAUGAGUCUUAUUUGGAGUACACUCGUAAUCUUCCCCUGAACCCAUCACCUGAAAUUUUUGGCAUGCAUCCUAAUGCCGACAUCACCAAGGACAAUGCUGAGACCCAGUUACUGUUUGACAACAUCUUGCUGACACAGGCAAGAGCAUCUGCCAAGGGAGGAAAAUCAACAGAUGAUGUGGUAGAUGAAGUAGCUGCAGAUAUUCUGAGCAAGCUGCCACCCAACUUUGAAACAGACUUAGCAUUGCGCAAGUAUCCAACAUCGUACAAACAGAGCAUGAACACUGUGCUGGUGCAAGAAAUGGUGCGAUUUAACCGACUGCUAAUUACAGUUCGUGAAUCACUCUCCAAUAUCCGCAAAGCAAUCAAGGGUCUGGUGGUGAUGUCAUCUGACCUGGAGGAGGUGGUCAUGAGCAUCCUGAAAGGCAAGAUUCCUGGCAAAUGGAUGAAAGUCUCUUAUCCCUCAUUAAAGCCUUUGGGUUCUUAUGUCAACGACUUCCUCACCCGCUUAAAAUUCCUUCAGGACUGGUAUGACGGCGGUCCCCCAGUAAUCUUUUGGAUUUCAGGGUUCUUCUUCACACAGGCUUUCUUGACAGGUGCACAGCAAAACUUUGCCAGAAAAUACACCAUCCCCAUUGACUUGCUGGCCUUUGACUAUGACGUAUUGGAAGACAAAGACUAUAAAACUCCACCAGAGGAUGGAGUGUAUGUGAAAGGCCUGUUUCUGGAAGGUGCACGAUGGGAUCGGAAACUAAAAGUACUGAAUGAGUCAUAUCCAAAAGUGCUGUUUGAUACUAUGCCAGUUAUGUGGCUGAAACCCAUCAAGCGUUCAGACCUCAAAGAUACCCAUUCCUACCUGUGUCCAGUGUAUAAGACCAGUGAACGCAGAGGAACACUGUCCACCACAGGUCACUCCACCAACUUUGUCAUUGGAAUGAUGAUUCCUUCAAACAAGCCUCAAGAACACUGGGUCUGCCGUGGCGUAGCCCUUCUGUGUCAGCUGGACAAUUAAUGUGCCAUUGCCAGAACAAUGGAUCUUGUGGGCCAUUACAUAUACAUGAGGGUGCAGGGAGCAUCUCAAGCAAAAGUAAAAGACAGUCUACACUUCACACAAUGUACUCUGUAUAAAAACAUGAUAUUUAGGAGAAUUCGAAGACAAUUCUGUAUAUAAAAAUCCCAGUCAUUGUUUGCACAUGAGAAAGUCAGGCUUUGUUUGGACAAGUACUUUUGUUCCACAUCAUGACUUUUAUUGGCAUGUUGUGUAUAAUCCCAUCCCGGAAAAAUAGCUAUUUACAUUUUUUAAUCUUUUAAUCUGUUCUGAGCUCUUCUCUGCAAUCUUUAUUUAUUCAUGUCCUCCUUUUUAUGGGAUAUGCUCUUUUUUAUUAGUGAGUGUGGGUGUAUAUAUAUAUAUCUUUUACAAUCAUUUCCCUCACUUGCCACUUAACAUGCUGUCCAUUUUUUAUUGCACUAAGAAUAUUUACAAAUGUUAUGCCUAUUGGCUACCAUUUUAAGAGUGAGAGAUAUAUAUAUUUAACAAAGUAUGCAACUGACCAAAAUCUGUUUUUCACAUUCAGGUAUUUUUUUUUAAAUUGUCCUUCAUGUAGAAGGAAUUGUGAUACAAAAGACUUUGUAAAACAUCUCCAUAUCAUUAAUAUCAAUAUUGAUCUUAAUUUAGAGGCUCCUUCACAUGAUGGACUACUUUUGAGUUGGUGGUGUUUGAGAUGAUGUCUGUGUAAAGGCAAAGGACUUACAUAAGACGCUGCUUUUAUUUAAAUAUGGUAAAUUUUAGGAAAACCUAGGAGAUGAGAUCACCGAAUCAUCAAGCCUUGAGUAAAGGUACAGAACUGAGAUAAUCCAAUCACUGCAGGUGACUUCGAGUGAAUACAUAGAUCCAUCACGAAUUAAUAUCCCACAUCCAUGGAUCUAUCUUUCACAGCAGCAUGAAUAUUAUUACAUCAUCAAACAAUUGUAAUGCAGAACAGAAGUGAGAUCACAUCAUUGUCAUGUUUUGCGAGUAGGAGAGUGAGGUUACUACACUAAGGUUUUCUGUGUUCACUGAUUUGCCAGAAGUCCAAGUAUUUUUUGGUUGCAGUGAAUUUGGUGCUGGUCAGAAAUGGUUAAUACUGUGCUGUGUUUAUAACUAGUAGUAGCAGUGGACAUUUAAAGGUUUUUGUUUUUCAGGCCACGUUUGUAAUGGUUUUCCUGUCCACAAAUUUUGUUUGGAGAUAGUACUUUAGCUGCUUAACGGAUAUAUCAACCAAAUCCUUGCAUAGUUACACUCACUGAUUUUAACCAUAACAGUAUUUAGAGAAGGACAUCUUGGGGUUCAGAGGCAUUCCGUAUAGCUGGAACUCAGUUAUGUAACUGCUGACAUUUGUUCACAAGCUGUUGACUGAAUGUAAUGUACAUUUUUUUCAGGUCUGUGAUACUUUUGUGUACAUAAGGUAGAGCAGCGGAAAUUCUGUUUGGGAUAAAAAGUUGUUUUUCCCCUCAUAAUUUAGCUUUACCCUGUAAUGGCAAAUCAUUUUUGUUGAAUGAUUAGAAUGUGCUGUCUAAUGACAAAAUAAUGAAAUUUAAAUCAGAAAGAGUGGCUAGGACUUGGGGUGAUCCUUUCAGUUGGAAUGAUGAUCAGAAUCUUUGUUCCCUAAACAUUAAGCUGAAGGAAGACUAAAAGUGUAGACUGUUUUUCACUGUUAAUUAUGAGACGGUGUUAACUUUCCUGAUGGAAAAUAUUGUUAAAAAUACUUUAUGUAUAUUUAUUUUACAAAUAUUGUGGAGAAUUUAUUCUUCAGACUCAUAAACCAUCCUUGUAUAUUUUGUUGUACAGAUUGUAAGUAAAAUUUUUAUCAGAAAUAAAAUUUGAAUACUUUAGCAUAAUUA